GCCGCCGAGCCCGUCUAGCUCGCUCCCCGAUGGACUAUCCCCGCCGGCGACCAGCGCUUGCUCUCCGACUCCGCAGGCAGCUGGCGCGAGCUCUCCUUGUCCUAUAAAAGUCUAUGCCAGGUGGAUCUAUGGUCCUGGACGAACCCCGAGGAAGAGAAGGCACCGCCGCGGAACUUUGAGCUGGGAGGAUGCAGCCCGUGUAUUGGUACGCCGCGCUCCUGCUACAACCUGCGCUCUACCUGGUCACAUGUGCAAAUUUAACCAGUGGUGGAAAAUCAGAACUUCUAAAAACAAGUGGCUCAAAAUCCACAUUAAAGCACAUAUGGACAGAAAGCAGCAAAGACUUAUCCAUCAGCCGGCUGCUAUCACAGACUUUUCAUGGCAAAGAGAAUGAUACAGAUUUGAGCCUGAGGUAUGAUGCCCCAGAAACAUAUUCUGAGCAAGAUCUCUGGGACUGGCUGAGGAACUCGACAGACCUUCAAGAGCCUCGACCCAGAGCAAAGAGACGGCCCAUUGUCAAGACGGGAAAGUUUAAGAAAAUGUUUGGCUGGGGUGAUUUUCAUUCCAACAUCAAGACAGUGAAGUUAAACCUGUUGAUAACUGGGAAAAUAGUCGAUCACGGAAAUGGGACGUUUAGUGUUUACUUCAGGCAUAAUUCCACUGGCCAAGGGAAUGUAUCUGUCAGCUUGGUGCCCCCUACCAAAAUAGUGGAGUUUGACUUGGCACAACAAACAAUGAUUGAUGCCAAAGAUUCCAAGUCCUUUAACUGCCGCAUUGAAUACGAGAAGGUCGACAAAGCCACCAAGAACACAAUCUGCAACUAUGACCCAUCAAAAACAUGUUAUCAGGAGCAGACCCAAAGCCACGUGUCAUGGCUCUGUUCCAAGCCCUUUAAAGUAAUCUGUAUUUACAUUUCAUUUUAUAGUACAGAUUAUAAACUAGUUCAGAAGGUGUGUCCUGAUUAUAACUACCACAGUGACACACCUUACUUCCCUUCAGGUUGAAGAGAACUGCGUGUCUGUGACUGGACCCUGAGGAAUAAAUAAUUAUUAAAAAUAAAAAAAGAAAGAAAAACAGAGGUCAUGUGACAGGGCUGUAACCUCAAGGAAGAAGGCCACAUCUCUUUCCUGGAAUGUGUCUACACUCUGCUGCUGAUGACAACGGGUUGCCAUUGCCAAUAUGUCUGUGGAAACCAAUCUCCUGCCAUUUCUGCCCAGUCAGCUCCAUGUAUAUCUCUCUGGCUGUAAAUCACUAUGGAUUUUAAAUAACGCCACACACAAUUUCUCUCUCCCUCCUUCUCUCCCCCUUUUCCCUCUUUACAGCUCACAUCUAUUGAGAUUCCUGUUAAAGAGGGCUUUCAUUGUCUGAUAUAUAAUGUUCCAGGAUAACCUAUCAUCAAGGCAAAAAGGAUUAACUAGACAGAAAAUGUUUUCUAACAUAGACUGUUAUGGAAAUCUCAUUUUACGUCUUGAAUACAUGAUAAUCGAUAAUCCCCUCUCAUGCAUUCCACCACUUGGAGUAGCUGUACCAGUAAAUAAUUCUGUAGGAGUAAAUGCUUGUUAAAAGGUGGGGGCCAGGAGGGGAUAUGUGUAUGUCAAGUUCAAUAUUUUUCUCUAUCAACACAGCAAAGUGAAAUGACUUUCUUCCAGCACACAGUGGGCACAUUCAAGGUGGUGUUAGGUGGUUCUUUUUCCACAGAGGGAGCCUGUUGAACUAAUAAAGAUGAGCAACCAUUGGAAUUUACAUGUGACCAGACUUUAUGAUUUUUGUAUUUUGGUAGUUGUCACUUAAAACAGGUAGAAACCAGACCAGCCAAGAUGCUCUUCAAGGAAGAAAAAUAGGUAACAUGUAAGUUGUAAAUGACUGUCUUAUCUUUAUUACAAAAAAAAAAAAAAAUUGUAACAAAUUCAAUAUCCUAGUCUUCAUUUGUAUGAAUGGUUUGUAUUGUACAUAGUUUAACCAGUGUUAUUUGAGCUGCUUAUUAAUAUUAACUUGUAAUUGUCUCUCUGCUUGUUAUUGGUUAAAAACAAAACAAGGAAACGAGGAAUCCAUUUUAUCAAUGUAGCUGUAAACUCCAUUUAAGAAGACAGAAUUCUGUACAAAGCAUUUAUUCCGCUAAAAGUAUUGUUGAAAGCUAUACACUUACAACAUUUACAGUCUGUCUGUACUUAGAUCUUUUAUUUCCAGGUGAAAAAGAUUGAAAUGUACAUACAAAUAAAAUACUUAAAUUCGAGUUUCAA